AGUUGGUUACGUCAGCUAACCGGUGUUGUUGAAAUGUAAUUCAUUUUAGUCCACGUAAAAAUGUUCUUAAAAACGCGUUUAAUCCACUGUCGCUCCAAGAUUACAGUUUAAACACCGAAUGAAAGCACAAAAGAUUGACCAUGACGCUUCAGUUUGUGUACACCCAGCAGGACUUCAUCACUGAAGUGUGUCGGGGGAGUGACAAGAUGGCGCCGCCACCUACAGUGUUUGACUCAGCCAUUCGGGCCGGCUGGACUGACAGGAUGGAGAAAGGGCUCUUCCGCUACCAGCUGAGUGCUUUAGAAACCCGCGUCCUGCCAGGUCCGUACGGCUUUGUGGCUCAGCUGAAUAUUAAACGAGGAACGGAGAGAAGAAAGCCUCAGGAGAUAUUAAGCAUUAAGCAGGAGUUUAAUGGCAAACAGUUUAACUUUAACAAAAUCAGUCCAGAUGAAGUUCUAUUUGAAAUGGUGAAGGGCAGAGAUGGAAGCCCAGCUUUGCCUGAUGACGGGCUGGCGCCUUCACCCUCCAAGAUGUUUGUAAUGAUCAAUGUGAGUCCACUGGAGUUUGGCCAUUGUCUGUUUAUUCCCGAUCCCUCGCGAUGCUUCCCACAAAUCCUGACAAAGUCCACAAUCCGGAUCAGCAUGGAGUCUGUUCUGCUGAGCUCAGACCCCAGUUUUCGAGUUGGGUUCAAUAGUCUUGGUGCAUUUGCGUCUGUCAAUCAUUUACACCUUCAUGGAUAUUAUCUCGACCAUGAGCUUAAGAUCGAAUCCAUACCGGUGGAGCCUUUACUACCAGAAAAGGGACUUUAUCUCUCUCAAGAAUUCCCUGGAGGAUUUGUGUUUUACGCCGAAGCAGAUACGGUGGAGAAAGUAGCUGAAGUGGUUUGUCAAGUCACAGAUUUUCUUGUGGACAACAAUGUUGCCCACAACCUGUUCUUGACCAGAGGAUGUCCGCCCUACAGUUGUGCUCAAACCAACAAGGAUUGCCAGUUGCGAAACGGUGUGCGGAUUGUCAUCUGGCCCAGAAUGGCCUGCUUUGGUGCCAAAGAGGAGUCUGCCUUCAACGUUGCUCUCUGUGAGCUGGCCGGACACUUGCCAUUCAAAAACAAAGAGGACUAUGAGCGCUCGACUGAAAGGGAUGUGGUGGAAAUAAUACAGAAGUACCUUCUGCCUCAGAGUGCUUUGCAGAAGUUGGAGCAGCAGCUUAUUAAUCACCUGAGACCUUGUGACCCAAGGACUAAAACAUUGAUCCAUCCUUAAUUUUAUGCAGUCUUUUUGUUCAACCCAUGGAAUAAAAGCUGAAAGUCUACACUUCAAUGGCA